AUGUUGAAGGAUCUGGAGAUCCUGCUGGUGAUGUUGAGGAAGGGUCGUUGCAGCCGUCCUGGAAGCUUAGAGUCUCCUGCAUGCAGCCAUGGUGAUCGCAUCAACAUUCACACUCUCACUUGGGCAGGGCACUCACAGCUCCUAACAGGUGACAGCAAUUUGAGAUCUAUACAGGGGGUUGUGACAACUUUCUGUACUGAUUAUGGCCGGAUUGAUGGGUCCAUCUACUUCAGUACUGAUGCUGUGACUGGUAAUGUGCCUCUGAAAGCUGGUCAAAAGGUUACUGCACUUGUGGAAGAAGAUAAAGCAACUCAUGUGUUGAAAGCCAUCAAAGACCAGAUCUUGAAAAUUGUGUUUUCCUCCCUGUUCUCCCAACCUGUGUUUGUUGUUCCUGUCUCUCUCUGCACCUGCCCCCACCCCGUGGAUGCUAUAUCUGACCAUUUUGAUGAUUCUGGGCCAUCUGACCUUGGAACCAGUGUUUUAAUCAGUCGUGCCACCUUAGUGACAAAGGACGCGGUCUACAUUAAUAAAGAUACUUGCUUCUCACUGUCUAUCGUUCGUGAUGGCUUCGUGCCUUAUAAGGGCGACUGGCUAGAGGUCGAGUAUUGCGUGCAGCCGGGCACCUCAAACAUCAAUGCCCUCUCCGUGAAGCCCAUGAACUGUAGGCAUGUGGAUGAGGUCUGCAUUAGCAGUGUACAUGGGCGACAUGGUGUGGUGGACGACACCAUCUUUUUCACUUUGGAUUCUCUGAAGCUUCCUGCCGGUUACGUACCUCAACCAAAUGACAUCGUUGAUGUGGUUAUAGUAGAGAGCGUUCAGGCCUGCUAUAUUUGGAGAGCAGUUUCUAUGACCCCUGUGCACAUAUU